UUUAGUUUUUGCUGUUUUUCCGUCCUCUUCGCCGUGACAGGCGUGCGGCAAUGCCAGCCGUGUGUGCGGCCGUAGGUUGUUUCAACUCUUCCCGGAGAGACAUCCCGUUUCACGUUCACGCUUUUCCUUCCGACCCCCGGAUUGCGAAGUUAUGGGUCUCCGCCAUACAGAGAGACAAUUUCAAGCCCAGCAAGUGGAGCGUGCUCUGUUCGGCGCAUUUUACGGCCGAUGCAUACGAGGACAAAGUAUGGCUUAUGAAGAAUAUGGGCAUGGACUACAAGCCACGACUCAAACAAGACGCUGUGCCAACCAUUUUCUCACACAAGAGGAGACAACCUCAGCGCACACCGGGUGCAUUUGCGAAGAGAAGGCGGAUGGAGAUUGUUUCAGAGCUUCUCUCGUCACCGGCUGGACCCUCCACAAGCUGCUCUGUUGCUCUACAAAUACCGGCAGAGCCGUUGACUGAGGCCAUAAUCUGCACCGAGCCAGUGCCUGUGGGGGCAGCGGAGGGCGAUUGUCCAGAUGCGAGUGCUCCCCUGGACUUCAGUGUUCCCUGUGUGAACAGCGACACCUCGAAGCCCUCUAAGCGGGAUAAAAGUGUGCAGGUGUUGGUGAGGCCAGGGACAAAGUCUGCACACACUCAAGCAAGGGCUCCUGCACGAUCCAUUGGGGUGCAGACAUUCUUCCCACGCACCAAUGCAGCUUGCCAGACAAGCCAAUGGAAACCGAAAGAAGCUGAUCCAGGGGAGAGCUGUGACGAGUUGGGCGAACCAGACAGGGAAGAUCCUGGAGUGAAGGAUGACAAGGACUACAUCCCCUCAGAGGAGUAUGGAGAAAGCUUUGCAGAGCCACACACUGCUCCCGAUAACAAUCGGGUGUUCUUGGUAGCAGAGGUUCAAUUUCGGCAGCUGUUCAAGGUGUGCCCGAAGUGCUAUGCCAGCUGUCAAGUCUCCAUCGAGUGUGAGGGAACUGUGGUUGAAGUCAUUUCCAAGUGCCCGGCCGACCACCACAGCUACUGGGUCAACCAGGAUGUGGUCAACCAGCAGCCUCUCCUCAACUUGCUGCUGUGUGCAGGGAUCCUGUUUGCAGGAUGUAACCCCACAGCCUCUCUCAGAACACUGUCAAGUAUUGGCGUGCAAGUGGUCUGCGAGAAGACAUUCUUCAACUUGCAGCGAGAUCACCUCCAGCCAGCUAUUGACACAGUCUGGAGCCAAGAACAAGCAGCACUGUUGGACCAGGCAAAGAACCGUCCCCUAAAGCUGGCCGGAGAUGGUCGGGCAGACUCGCCAGGAUUUAGUGCCAAAUAUGGCACUUACUCUGUGCUCGACCUGGACACAAACAAGAUUGUUCACUUCGAGCUUGUGCAGUCUAAUGAAGUUGGUGGGAGCGGUCGUAUGGAGCUGGCAGGCCUAAAGAGGAGCUUCAGCUUUCUGGAAUCCCAGGGCCUGGUUGUUGAUCUUUUAGUCACGGACCGUCACGUUCAGGGCAAAGCUUUCAUGAAGAAGGAAAAGCCGAAUGUCCGCCACGAGUUUGACGUCUGGCAUGUUGCAAAAGGUAUCAAGAAGCAGCUGCAUGCGGCCGUUAAGAUCCCCAUCUGUGCUGAGCUUGCGCUCUGGAGCAGGCCAAUACAAAACCACCUUUACUGGGUGGCAGCUUCCAGCGAAGGGAGUUCGGAUCUGAUUGUUCCCAAGUGGCUCUCCGUGCUGAACCAUGUGCGAGACGUUCACUCUCACCGUGAUCCCCGGUUUGCCUCAUGUGCCCACGGCGAGCUUGAGCCCAGGGAUUGGCUCUCUGAUGACUCGGCAGCUUUCGAAAAACUGGAAAACAUUGUGACGAAGAAGUGCCUGCUUGCUGACCUUCCAAAGCUCUCAACACGCUUCCAGACCUACACUGUGGAGGCGUUUCACAGCCUGAUCAUCCACUUCUGUCCGAAGUCCUGUCACUACUCGUACAAGGGGAUGAAAGCGAGAACCAAGCUUGCGAUUCUCCAUUACAACGAGAACGGCAACAGGCCUUAUGCAUUCACGGAGGAGGGCGAGGAGCGUUUCAGGGUCAAGUACCCGAAGGCCAAUGGAGGAGAAGGAGUGGCAGUGCAAGAAAGGAAGGAGCCAACUCAUGACUACGUGAAGAGGCUUCUGGACGUGCUGCGAGAAGGGGCCCAGAGGAAGACUCGUGGCGUCAGUCUCAUCACACCCUCCGUGGUUCCGCCGCCGCUCUGCAGCUCUGCAAAGAAAGUUUCCAAGGCAGAACUGAUCCAAAGGCACAAGACAAGGUUCAACAAAUAAGGCCCCUUUUGCAGUUGAGCUGCUUAGCACCUUCCUUGGAGUAAGGUUGUUGCUCCUCCCGGUGGUGUGGGAGGCAGGUUCUGCUCCGAUGACCUGGAGCGUGGUGGCACGAACGUCGCUGAGUGACCGGUCGACUUGCUGCUUGUCUUGGGCUAUGCACAUUUUUUUUACACCCGUCCAAGUUACAACUCUCUACUUGUGAGACCAUCCUUCCUUGGCUCAAGUCUCCUGAGAUCUCCCCCGUUCCCUUCUUCGAAAUCCAACCUUUUCCCUCGCUCACAGACCACACAACCAAUCAGUUCAAUUGUGACCGGGACUGGACCACUUGCAGAAAAGACCUUCAAUUACCACUUCAACGGACUGCAUACCCAAAGCCCCCAAAAAUUUGCACCCGUCCUCUACUCCGACGCGACAGAGGUGCCAGACCAGAGUCGUCGUAGUGUUCCCUGUGCUAGGCCAGAAACGGGAAAGGAAACGUCGGGGUGACCCUUUGCUCUCCGUAACAAGGCACGUCAAUCCCUGGGGCACUCCCCAUGUUACCCCCUGCCCCCGAAGGUCACACCGCCGUUGCUGCUUAUGCCAUGCUUCCUUCUCAGCAAAUAAACCGGGGUAGAGACUUUCUAUCUGGGCACUAGCAUUUUGCCAUCUGUGCACAAAAUGCUGCAAACCCUUCCACUGUGAGCUUGUGUAGAUUCAUUACGGCAUACCAGUAUGCCUCAUUCAGAGCAUGCGUCCUCGCCUCCUCGCACUGACUGUGCACAUGUGGAAUUUUUGGUAACCAAAAGCCUUUUUUUUUAUCUAAACACCAAAGUGAAUUAUGAACAUGUGUGCAUGCCUUGAUUCUCUUAGUACAUAUGCCAAAAUCCAACAUGGGCUCCAUCCUCGGACGGGAACUUGGUGCGAAUCCUGUAAACACCGCAGCUCGGCAGAAUUCUAAUUCCCUUCUUGAGACGGUUCCACGUCAGCAGCACAAACUGCCGGUAUGCAGUAUAUCUCGUCUACCUGAAAGGAUGCACAAAUGGUAGAUUGAGUAAAUUUCAUUGUUGUACACUGUUUAUUAUAAAACAUGCUUUUUCGCAUUGUGAUCAGACGCAUCAUAUUGAGGAACACACUUUCAACGCCGAAGUUGGCAAUUUGUAAAAAUACAGUAUUGCGAUAGAAGCCUGCCUGUCAUAAGAAGUGUGUCUGCUCUGCACAUUGGUCUGAUUGCUUACCUGUCUUUUGGAUACCAGGGUCUGAAUCCGUCAUGCUUUCUGCUAGCUAGAGCAAUCUCCAGGAGUGCCUUGUUUAGGCAUGCAUGCCUAAAUUUUGGUUUCUUCAUGUAUCGUUUUUGCUUUUGUUUGUUCGUGAUUUGUGCUACCUCCGGCUGGCACAUACAUUCUUCAUCGGUAUCUAUGCUUAUGCGUUCUCCACAAGAACACCUGUUCAAUAAAGAAAGGUGUGCAACA